AAAUGAAGAAGCUAGUUCCAGUAAAAAAACACAUACAGAAUCAAGGCUCUCUCAAACAGAGGACAAACCAGAUGUCCAGGACAAUUUUGACGAUUCCUUUAGCCUACAAGCUUUGAAAGCUAAAGAGAACUAUGCGGAAUUGUCUAAUGUAAUGAGUGAAUGUCAAAAUAUCUACUCUCCAAAGCAAGCUGAUAAAACCGGGGAAGAAUAUUCCAUUGUUUGCUCCCAGCCUAUAAUUGAAAAAUGUUCAAAGAUAAAAGAAAUGGAGCCAAGAAAAGAAGCUAGUACUGACAAAGAUACUUUAGACGAAAAAAUACAAUUUCCUAGAGUAACUGACAUGACCAUAGAAGAAUAUCUGCUGUCUUGUACCAAGUCUGCGUCUGGAGAAGCGUCAAGAGUGAAUGAACGACAAACCAAAAAUGAAGCGACCAGAGACAAAAGUACUCGAGAGGAAGCUGAAAUGACCGAUGACGAGUUUCUACUGCUUUGCUCAACGCCUACAACUGAACAAGUUACAAACACAAACGAACGGCAAUCCACUGAAAAAACUUCUACACCAGAAAAAGGUUCUCAUGAAGAAAAUGGUAUGACCAUUGAGGAAUAUCUACGGCUUUCUUCUAUGUCUACGUCCAAAGAAGUUACAAAAGGGUAUGCUCAGAAAUUUCCACAAGAAUUGAGUAAGGACAAAGGUUCUUAUGAAGAAGCUGAUAUGACCAUUGAGGAAUAUCUGCUGCUUUGCUCGAUGCCUAUAUCUGAAGAAGCUACAGAGACAAAAAAACGAAAACUCAGUGAAGAACUGACUACAGACAAACAUUCCAAAGAAGAGGCUGACGUGACCAUUGAGGAAUAUCUGCUGCUUUACUCAAUGCAUACGUCUGAACCUACAAAGACAAAUGAACGGAAAUUUUCAAAAGAGUUGAAUAAGGACAAAAGUUCUUAUGGAGAAGCUGACAUGACCAUUGAGAAAAAUCUACUGCUUUGCUCAAUGCCUUCGUCUGGAGAAGCUACAGAGACGAAUGAUCAGCAAUCCACUGAAAAAUCAAGUGCAAACAAAGGUGCUCAAGACAUAGCUGACAUGACCAAUGAGAAAAAUCUACUGCUUUGCUCAAUGCCUUUGUCUGAAGAAGCUACAGAGACGAAUGAACGGCAAUCCACUGAAAAAUCAAGUGCAAACAAAGGUGCUCAAGACGAAGCUGACAUGACCAUUGAGGAAUAUUUACGCUUUGCUCAAGCCCUUCGUCUGAAGAAGCUACAGGGACGAAUGAACGGCAAUCCACUGAAAAAUCAAGUGCAAACAAAGGUGCUCAAGACAUAG